AAAAGAAGAAGAACUGAAAGCUCUUCCUCCUCCCCGCUCCCCCCAAGCUGAGUUCUUCCUCCUGUGAGCGCUGCAGAAGGAAGUCCGCUUCUCUCCACACCCUCACACGGACGGGCGCACAGACCUGAGACUUCCAGACUUCAUGAUCAUCAGAGAACAGAAACAUGAACCACUCUGGUGGCUCGGCGGUGUCUUCCUCUCAAACGUCUCCGAAGAAUGAAACGGAUCCAGGCAGAGCGAUGGAGAGCUCCGCCCACAUUUUCUUCAUGGUGGCCUACAGCCUGCUGUUUGCGGUGGGUUUGCUCCUCAACGGUUUCACCCUGAAGGUGUACUUCUGCAGAGCCCAGCAGCGGAUGGCGAGCAGCGUCACCAUCUACCUGAAGAACCUGGCGGUGUCCGACUUCUUCCUCAGCCUCUGCCUCCCCAUCCGGAUCGCCAACUUCUCCUUCAAAUCCCUGGCCUUCCGUAAAGUCUACUGCAGCUUCGGCGCCUCGGCGUUCUACCUGAACAUGUACGCCAGCAUCCUGUUCAUGGGCUACAUCGCCACCAACAGGUAUCUGAAGAUCGUCCAUCCUGUUGGAAACCACUUCCUCCAGACCCGUAGAGCGGCUCACAUCCUGUCCAUCGUAACCUGGGCGGUCCUUCUGUCCAUGACGGGCUCGUACGCCGUCCUGUCGGCUGUUCUGGUGAAGGAGAACGUCACGGCCGUCCCCCCAGAAGUGAGCUGUGAUUUCCUGCAGACCAGAGACGUGGACCUGCUUUACAAAGUCAUCCACGCCAUCUGCUUCAUCGUCUUCCUGCUGGUCCUGGCCUCCCUGGUCUUCCUGUACUCCAGCAUCUCCCGGCGGGUGCUGAUGAUGCAGAGACGCCCGUCGUCCACGUCCACCACCUCCAAGCUCAGCAAGUCCCGCAGGAACAUGCUGGUUCUGGUCAGCGUCUUCUGCGUCUGCUUCGUCCCGUACCACCUGAUCCGCCUUCCUUACGCCUUCAACAAGAACGUCGGGCGCUUGUGGGGGAUGUGGUUCACCAACCUGAAGGAGAUGGGGGUCAUGCUGUCCGCUUGUAACGUCUGCCUGGACCCCCUCAUCUACUUCAUCUUCUGUAAAGCCUUCCGCGCUCAGCUGAUGUUCAAGAAGGUUUUCGACACCACGGAGGCCUCCACGCCGCCGUCGGUCCAGGAGAGGAGGACCAGCGACGGGUACGUCAGGUACAACAGGAAGUUAUCGCUGACCUCCUUAACCAAACACUCCAGCAUGGCGUGAGACUGAAGCUCCAACCUCCAGAACACUGGACUGUGUUUGGACCAGAGCCACAGACGCUCAGCCUUCUGGUCAUGUGACCUGCUGCUCGUCUGAAGACACUUCUUCCGUGAUGGAUGUGAUGUUGUUAAACUUUUUAAAAAA